AUGUCGCCUCUGGCUGCACAUCGUGCACGCCGCAUGAACACCCAACCGACAAUCAGUGUCGUCACUCCACCAAUCCACGUUACCGCACAACCGAUUCAGAUUCCGCUUCGAAUUGCCGCACCAUCCUUCCAUGUUGUUCCUGCAACUCCACCACAAACCUCUUCAUCAAUGCAACCCGAGCAUCACAUCCAGGUCACCACCACCAGCAGCAACAGCACUCACCAGCAUGCAGACCACCAAACAGCACCGCCAGCUUCUAAGCCAGUGUUCACGUCUCCGACGGCCGCAACUCAGCCAACUGCUGCGUUCACAGCCACCACCACACCAACACCAACAGUCUAUCAGCAUUCACCUAGACAGUCUCGAUCGUCCGCUCAUCACUUCCCCCACCAGCAACAUCAGUUGCAGCAACAGACUCAACCAAUGGCGCUCAAAACAUCAUCACAGUCAACGUCGUCAUCGAUUAUGUCACAUUUCAAGAAUCUAGUCAACGUA